AUGGAGGAGGUGGAUGAAGUUACUAGUAUCCCAUCUAAUUUCUUUGGGAUCUCUAGGGGAGUUCUUCAAGGGGAUCCUUUGUCCCCAUUGCCUUCUAAUAUUGUUACAGAGGCAUUGGGUUGUAUGUUGGAUGCAGCAGUUAAUGUGGGUCAGCUUUCGAGUUUCUCUAUAGGCAACUCGGCUAGUACCUUAUUAAUGGUGUCUCAUCUCUUGUUUGCAGAUGAAACCCUUAUUUUUUGUGAUGCUAACGCUAGCCAAAUAGUAAUCUUGUGUGAUAUUCUCACUAUAUUUGCAGAAGUGUUAGGUUUGAGAAUUAAUUUAGGGAAGUCUAAGUUGGUACCAGUUGGAGAUGUUCAUAAUAUGGAGGAGUUGGUGGAGAUGUUGGGGUGUAGACAGGCUUCACUCCCACUGAAGUACUUGGGUCUUUCGUUAGAUCUAAAUCCAAUGAGAGGACUGUAG